UGGCUGAUUUCGGGGAGAUUCUGCGGAGUAUGGGGGAGUUUGGGUUAUUUCAGAAGAUCACCCUUUUUGCUCUCAGCUUCCCUAAUGUUAUUCUACCUUUCCACUUUGCCAGUGUACUUUUUAUCCAGUCAGAUCCAGACAGACGCUGCAACACAGACUGGAUACUCAAUGCUGCUCCUAACCUGACCACAGAGGAGCAGCUUAACCUGACCGUGCCUCGGGAAGACGAUGGGACCUUCAGCAGAUGUCGGAUGUUCGUCCCAGUGGACUGGGACAUCGGUGCCAUCAGGGAGUACGGGCUCAAUGAGACUACAAGGUGCCAGAGUGGAUGGGUGUAUGGGAACAUGCUGUAUGAAGCCACCAUAGUCACUGAUUUUGAUCUAGUCUGUGACCGGGCUAGUUUGUUGGAGACAGCACAAACUGUCCUAAUGGCUGGCAUCCUUGUUGGCUGUCUCUUAUUUGGACCUUUUGCAGAGUCGUUUGGUCGAAAAAGAGCAUGUCAAAUCCCAGCUGUUGUAAUGGUGAUAUUUACUGUCACAACUGGAUUAUCGCCUAACUUCUACUUUUAUCUGGCAUCCCAGUUCAUGGCGGGAGUUUGCUAUGGGGGAUAUCGACUUAAUGGCGUUAUCCUGGCCACUGAAUGGAUCGGGGUGUCCAAUCGUUCAUGGGGGGCAUGUGUGACUCAGCUAUGUGGUGCAGUUGGACAGUGCCUCCUCGCUGGAAUGAUCUACUUUGUACGAAACUGGAGACUGGCUCAGCUGAUCACGGCAGCUCCACUUGCAUUGGUUGCUAUUUAUAUAUGGUUUAUCCCGGAGUCAGCCAGGUGGUUGCUGGGCACUGGAAGGACAACGGAGGCUAAACAGCUAAUCAAAAAAGCUGCAGCCAUCAACAAGCGCACGGUUCCAAACUAUCUGCUGGACCAGAUUAUUGUGAAAGACCCUGAGAAAAAGGGAGGCAUAAAAACUCUUAUCCAAUCAGCUGUGCUUAGGAAAUAUUUCUUUACCAUAACAUUGGCAUGGUUCUCGCUGAAUGUUGCCUACUUCUGCCUUUCAUUCAGUGUGGGAAAACUUGGCUUGAACAUCUUCGUGACUCAGGCAGUAUUUGGCCUGUCUGAAAUACCAGCUCAUAUUCUGAGCAUCUGGCUGCUGGAAGCAGUGGGAAGAAAACCAUCUCUCAUGGCAACACUUCUAAUUGGAGGAUUGUUGUGUCUCUUAAUGCUAGCGGUUCCUCAAGGUUAUGCUGUUGCUGUUACUGCGUUAGCAACCUGUGGACGUUUUCUCACUAACUGGGCAGGCUCCGUGUGCAAUGUGUAUGUUCAGGAGCUGUUUCCAACAUCUUUUCGACAAACAGCUUCUGGUUUGGGCUCUAUUGUGUAUCGAACUGGUGGUCUGAUAUCUCCACCAGUCAACAUGUUGGCCAUCUACCACUGGUCCAUACCAAUCAUAGUCUACAGCAGCCUUACACUCAUCAGUGGAGCUCUUGCCUUCUUGCUUCCUGAGACCAGAAGAAAAGAGCUUCCAGACUCAACUGAUGAAGCUGAAGCCAAUGGGACGAAGACUAUGGAGAGGAACCAAAGUGGAUCAAACUUACCUCCACAAAGAAAAUCAACUAAGCUGUAAUCUGAAUAUUUCAGUUGCUUCCUGUUUUGUUGCAGCAAACAACAAACACACAAGCUGGCAAAAACUUGAUUGAAAAUUUGAUUUUUAAAAGUCAAGUCUCUCUUGAUAGUGUUACUGUUUUUCUCAUAUACCUUAGCAGCAAUAAUUUGAAGUAGAGCAGGGCGAUAUGGCCAAAAAUA